UGAUGCUCUACUCGGCCGGACGCGAAUCUCGAGCAUACCGGCAGUGUAUAACCUAUAAUAUACAAAGGACGACGAAAAGCGCGAUAUAAUAGCGGCUAUAAUCAAUGGGCCUCUCGUCGCGGGGAAAAACUGGGCCUGCAACUUGCAAGCGCCAUCUGGGAUUGUACGGUGAUCGACGUUAUAUCCACCGAGUCGAGCUCGAUGUUUCCCGCCAGUGAUAUACCUAUAUGAAUUAAUGUCACAUGGACCCGCACUGCCGUCUGCUAGAGAGUAAUAACACAACAUAACCCUCGCUUUUCUUCACGUUUCGGUGAAAAUCGAGUUGCGAAGAGUUGUGAAAGAAUGAUCAGUUAAAAUGACCAUCGUCGAAUAUUUUCAGUCCUUGUCGGACAAUCCAUACUUCGGCGCAGGUUUUGGAUUGUUCGGACUUGGCGCCGGAGCAGCUAUACUGAGAAAAGGACUGCAAGGGGGUAUGAUAUACUUCAGGCGACAUUACAUGAUAACGUUAGAGGUGCCAUGCAGAGACAAAAGUUACGAUUGGCUGCUGAAGUGGAUUACAUACAAAGGUGCAAGAAAGACGCAACAUCUCGCUGUGUCCACCAGCUUUCAACAAACUGACACCGGAUAUGUUACGACUAAAUAUGAGUUUAUACCCAGCAUCGGAACACAUUUUUUCAGGUAUCGCAAUAACUGGAUAAGAGUGGAGAGAACCAGAGAGCAGCAGAUGCAUGAUGUAAAUAUGGGGAUGCCCUUUGAGUCUGUCCAUCUCACUGCAUUUGGGAAGGACAGAGGAAUAUAUUUUGAAAUCUUGGAAGAAGCAAGACAAAUGGCUUUGGCUGAACACAAGGGCAAAACGAUAAUGUACACUGCGAUGGGUCACGAAUGGAGGCAGUUUGGCCAUCCUAAGAAGCAAAGACCUAUUGAGAGUGUCAUCUUGGAUACCGGUAUUGCCGAAAAGAUAGUCAAAGAUUGUCGAGAAUUCAUUGAUAAUGUUUCUUGGUACAGCGACAGAGGGAUUCCCUAUCGGAGAGGAUACUUGCUUCACGGACCUCCAGGCUGUGGAAAGUCUUCCUUCAUCACUGCCUUGGCUGGUGACCUAGAACGUGGCAUUUGUGUGUUGAAUUUAUCUGACCGUCUUUUGUCAGAUGAUAGACUCAAUCACUUAUUGGCCAUUGCUCCUCAGCAAACAAUUAUUCUUCUUGAAGAUAUCGAUGCUGUAUUUGUCAGUAGAGAAGAAUCAGCGGAAGUUAAAGCUGCAUAUCAAGGCUUAAACAGCGUGACUCUUAGUGGUUUAUUAAAUGCCUUGGAUGGAGUUGCUUCAUCAGAAGGAAGGAUUCUGUUUAUGACCACUAAUUACUUGGACAGGCUAGAUCCAGCCCUCAUCCGACCUGGUAGAGUAGACUACAAGGAGUACAUAGGCUGGUGCUCGGCAACGCAAUUGGAACAAAUGUUCGUCAGAUUUUACCAGUCGGACGACAAAGACACGGAGAGAUUAGCCAAAGAGUUUGCUCAAAGUGUUUUGGCUCACAAGCGAAACGUGAGUCCAGCACAAAUACAAGGUUUCUUCAUGUUCUUCAAGAAUGAACCGGAAGCCGUUUUAAACAACGUAUCGAGAAUCUGGGAACUUACUUAAAUCAUCCACUUGUACAUAAUUGAAAGAGAUAUUUAUUCGUCAAACUUUUUGUAAGUAAAAAUGGAAUUUACAAAAUCGCAAUAUUUGGAAUAAAGCGGCUACAGACUAAUACUCAUUCAAA